AUGUCGCAGGCGAAAGGGCUCUGCAGAGAGAGAGAGAGAGCAUACCGCACCACCGUUCGUCCUCGCCGCACCACCGCCGCACCACCGCACCACCGUUCGUCCUCGCCGCACCACCGCCGCACCACCGCACCACCGUUCGUCCUCGCCGCACCACCGCCGCACCACCGCACCACCGUUCGUCCUCGCCGCACCACCGCCGCACCACCGCACCACCGUUCGUCCUCGCCGCACCACCGCCGCACCACCGCACCACCGUUCGUCCUCGCCGCACCACCGCCGCACCACCGCACCACCGUUCGUCCUCGCCGCACCACCGCCGCACCACCGCACCACCGUUCGUCCUCGCCGCACCACCGCCGCACCACCGCACCACCGUUCGUCCUCGCCGCACCACCGCCGCACCACCGCACCACCGUUCGUCCUCGCCGCACCACCGCCGCACCACCGCACCACCGUUCGUCCUCGCCGCACCACCGCCGCACCACCGCACCACCGUUCGUCCUCGCCGCACCACCGCCGCACCACCGCACCACCGUUCGUCCUCGCCGCACCACCGCCGCACCACCGCACCACCGUUCGUCCUCGCCGCACCACCGCCGCACCACCGCACCACCGUUCGUCCUCGCCGCACCACCGCCGCACCACCGCACCACCGUUCGUCCUCGCCGCACCACCGCCGCACCACCGCACCACCGUUCGUCCUCGCCGCACCACCGCCGCACCACCGCACCACCGUUCGUCCUCGCCGCACCACCGCCGCACCACCGCACCACCGUUCGUCCUCGCCGCACCACCGCCGCACCACCGCACCACCGUUCGUCCUCGCCGCACCACCGCCGCACCACCGCACCACCGUUCGUCCUCGCCGCACCACCGCCGCACCACCGCACCACCGUUCGUCCUCGCCGCACCACCGCCGCACCACCGCACCACCGUUCGUCCUCGCCGCACCACCGCCGCACCACCGCACCACCGUUCGUCCUCGCCGCAGCACCGCCGCACCACCGCACCACCGUUCGCCGUUCGACUUCGCAGGGAUUUGGGGGAAAGAACUUGGUUUCACAGAUUUAG